AUGACGACAUCCCCGCAAUAUCUCACUGGUAACCCCGCAGCCCUGAAUGAGUUCAUCGAUCGUUUCGACACAUUCCUUUUCGACUGCGAUGGCGUGCUUUGGUCUGGUGACCAUACAUUCCCAGGCACAGCUGAGACGUUGGAAUUGUUGAGAAGCAGAGGAAAACAGGUCGUCUUCGUCACCAACAACAGCACAAAAUCGCGAGCAGACUACAAAAAGAAACUCGACGGACUGAACAUCCCAAGCAACGUCGAGGAAAUCUUCUCCUCCUCCUACAGCGCCUCAAUCUACAUCUCCCGCAUCCUCGAACUCCCCGCCAACAAACGCAAAGUCUUCGUCCUCGGCGAAACCGGCAUUGAGCAAGAACUCCGCAACGAGGAUGUACCCUUUAUCGGCGGCACCGACCCGGCUUUACGUCGCGACCUCGUUCCCGAAGAUUACAAGCUAAUGGCAAACGGGGACCCGUCCAUACUCGACCCCGAAGUCGGCGUUGUCCUCGUCGGACUCGAUUUUCAUAUCAAUUACCUCAAGAUGUCGCUUGCAUUCCAGUACAUACACCGCGGCGCAGUAUUUCUCGCCACAAAUAUAGACAGCACACUACCCAACCAAGGCUCCCUUUUUCCCGGCGCAGGCUCGAUUAGUGCACCCCUAAUCAUGAUGCUAGGUAAGGAGCCGAUUGCGCUCGGGAAACCGAGUCAGGCGAUGAUGGAUGCCAUUGAGGGCAAAUUCCACUUUGAUCGUAAUCGCACUUGUAUGGUUGGCGAUAGGACCAAUACGGAUAUCAGGUUUGGUGUUGAGGGAAAACUGGGGGGUACGCUAGCUGUGUUGACGGGCGUAUGUACCAAGGAUGAUAUUCUGAACGGGCCUAUAAGACCGGUGGCUUAUGUGGAUAAGUUGAGUGACUUUUUGGGUGCGCAGAGUAAGUGA